AGCGUUCCUGCCCCUGGGCGGGGACGCUCGGCUACCGUGCGGGAAGCCGAGGCGGCGAGCGCGCCGCCGACACAGCUCGCCGGCCAGGGCCCCGCGAGUCCCCGGGGAGCUGCCGCGGCAGGCCCCCCGCACCGCCAGGCCCGCCCGCCGCUCCUCUCACAGGCCGCCGCCGCCGCCGCCGCAGCCAUGGCGGAAGUUCAUAGACGUCAGCAUGCCCGGGUUAAAGGAGAAGCCCCCGCGAAAUCCUCCACACACAGACAUGAGGAGGAGCUGGGGAUGGCGUCGGCCGAAACGCUGACGGUGUUCUUGAAGCUGCUGGCCGCCGGCUUUUACGGCGUGAGCUCCUUCCUGAUCGUGGUGGUCAACAAAAGCGUGCUUACCAAUUACAGAUUUCCCUCCUCACUAUGUGUUGGACUUGGCCAGAUGGUGGCCACAGUGGCAGUUCUCUGGGUGGGAAAGGCGCUCAGAGUAGUCAAGUUUCCUGACCUUGACAGAAAUGUACCUCGAAAGACGUUUCCACUACCUCUACUAUAUUUUGGGAACCAAAUCACGGGACUGUUCAGCACAAAGAAACUGAACUUGCCAAUGUUUACAGUUCUGAGAAGGUUCUCCAUCCUGUUUACAAUGUUUGCUGAAGGAGUUUUACUCAAGAAAACUUUUUCUUGGGGUAUUAAGAUGACUGUAUUUGCAAUGAUUAUUGGAGCCUUUGUAGCUGCCAGCUCUGACCUGGCAUUUGAUCUGGAAGGAUAUGUUUUUAUUCUGGUAAAUGAUGUCCUGACAGCAGCAAAUGGCGCAUAUGUAAAACAGAAAUUAGAUUCAAAAGAGCUGGGAAAAUAUGGUCUUCUCUAUUACAAUGCACUGUUCAUGAUUCUGCCCACCCUGGCCAUUGCAUAUUUUACAGGAGAUGCGCAAAAGGCAAUGGAUUUUGAAGGCUGGGCUGACACCCUCUUUCUUCUGCAGUUUACUCUCUCUUGUGUGAUGGGGUUUAUCUUGAUGUAUGCAACAGUACUCUGCACGCAGUAUAAUUCUGCUCUUACAACUACAAUAGUUGGCUGUAUUAAGAAUAUAUUAAUAACUUAUAUUGGAAUGGUCUUUGGUGGAGAUUAUAUUUUCACAUGGACGAACUUCAUUGGCUUAAAUAUCAGCAUUGCUGGGAGCCUGGUGUAUUCCUACAUCACUUUCUCUGAGGAGCAGCUGAGCAAACAAUCAGAGGCCAGUAACAAGCUGGACAUUAAGGGGAAAGGAGCAGUAUGACCCAGAGGAUCGCUUCCACUACUUAAGCCCAAGCUUUUGAUCAACUGAGAACACUGGCAUUUCUUAUAUAGACAUUCAGGUGUCUUGAUUAUGGAGAAAAUAACCAUUCCUUUGCACUUGUACAAUCUGAGGAUUGAUUGCUGCCUUUUAAAAUUUUAUGAGAGAAACUUAUAAUUGAGUCUAUUUUAAAUAUGCCGUUGGAAUUAAUUUAUAUCAAACUGGAAAAUGUACUUGGCUCUUUAAUUUAUUUCUUUUAUGCUGACAAUGAAAUAUCAGUGUUUUGAAAAUAUUUUAUUCCAUAGUUUGAUAGCCAGGUGUCCCUUAGAGCUGCGUAUAUAAAGUGCUCCAGGGGGAGCCUCCUCAUUCAAAUUGCUGCUGCAUAUUGAGGCAGCUCAGCCUUCCUUCUGCUGAAAUGCAGCCAAGUAUCUAAAAUUUCUCCUUUUUAAAUUUUCUUAAUGAUUGCAUUUUCUUCAUAAGGAUAUUAUCCCUGCAUUUGCUAAAGAUGACAACUUUGGCACUAAAAAAAUACAGAUACCUUGAAGUUAUAUUGGUUUCCAUAUUGGCUUCCCUGGGAAGUCAUGGGAUGGGCAGAGUGCAUUCCUUGGAAUUAUGCUAUUCCCUCUUUGUUGUGUAAGAUGGGGAUAAUGAAGGUAUGGAGGAAGGCGGCCAUCUAUAUAAUUCAUUCAUUCAGCUGAAAUGUACUGGGUAUGUAAUAUGUGCCUGCCAUUAUGCUAAGUGCUGGGGGUGCAGAGAUGUUUUUGGAGGUAGUUGAAUGAUCUCACCCUUGCUAUUGUGACUGAGGGUUAAGAGAGAAAACUUAACUUUAUGAUCCAUUCAGAAGAUGCUGUCACUCUGAACAAGUCACAGAAACUUUUUUCAGCUCUUAGAAACUGUAAAUCUAUAAAUGGGGUUAAAAGUAUCUGCUCCUGUCUACCCCACAAUGGUGCACAACCGUAUGCUCCAGUAUGAGAUGACAUGUAUGUGAAGAGCGGCAUUUUCUUUAUUUAUUUUUUUAAAAAUUUAUUUUUUUUUUAAAGUACACGCUACCUAACAUGGGGCUUGAACUUGUGAUCCCAAGAUCAUGAGUCGUAUGAAGAGCUACAUUUUGUUGUAAACCAUGCAACUCAGUGUUUCUUCUCUGAGUGAGGAUGGCAGGCAGGCAAGGUGGCCGCUGUCUCUUUCAUGUGCUUCCCUCCUCUAGGUUUGGUUGCUACUCUUUUUACUCCUCUUUGAAUUAAUACAACUAGGUCUUAUAUUUAUGAAUGGAUUGGUUUGAGGGGAAAGCCUUUUAAGAGGUUUCUGCAUUGUCAAGGCUUGGUCUUUGUUCUGCAUGUCGGUGUUACAGCCAUCACUAUCCUUUCUCCUUAAAUGGCAUAAGUAUACCUGUGUCCUUUCAUACUGUUAUCUGCAUCCUGUGUCCCGUGGCUUACCUUAUGAGCACAUCACCUUUCAAGACCUUUGCUGCAUCCUGGGAGAGCAGCUGUGAGUAGCCAUUGCCUGAAUUGCCUCUUCGGGCAGGGAGGGGGUUCACUCACACAGCCCUGUGACUUGGCACAGAGACAUCCACCGACUUUGAGUAUGAGUGUUUCCACAGGCCAGUUGUGCAGUCAGUGUGGAAGAGACUGGGUACUUUUGCACUGGUGCACACUAACUUCUCUUUCAUUGGUUUGGAAUCCACAGGGCUCUGCUGAUCUAAACAAUUAGUAUUUUGAUGGCUUAACAGGAGGCCUGGAAGGUUUUGAUUUCUUUUUAUUUUUAAAAAAUUAUAUUGAGGUCAUUUUCAUGUUCCUGUGUUUCCUUUAUUUGGGUUUGUCUUUACUAAAGCCUGACCAGUGUUGUUGGGUCCCUAGAAUUAGCCUCAUGGCCAGCUUCCAGGCGCAGAUCUCCCAAGGCUCACUUUUUUUUUCCAGGAUCACCUGAUCUGAGAUAAUUCAGUGGGAGCAUCGGAUAUUAUCUUGUGUAAAAUGAUUUUUAUUAUCUCUGUGUUACCAAUGAGAAAAUAAGACUCAAGAGAAAGUAGGUGACUUGUUAAUAAGUAAAAAUUCACAUUUCUUUCCAUUGAACCAUGCUGCCAUUUUCCUCUGAGGAAGUGAGGAAAUGGGGAUGGCUGGCUGAGUCAACUUGAGCGUUUUCAAGGAGGCAAGUGCUUGGUUGAAUUUGGAGUCAGAGAGGAAUAGGCUUUGCAAAUUAGGGACAGUGAUGUGUCACUCUACAUGCCAGAGCUUCUGUCUACCUUCCAGGCUGGCCUCAGUUGGUAAGUGUUGCCUGAUGCUUCCUGGUUUUGCCUAGGCACAGUGGAAAGGCCUUGUGAGAGCUAAUUUUAGUGGUUCUCAUUCUUCUUAUAUCAAGGCACAUGGAGGGAAUUUGACAUUAGAAAUCAUUUGUGUUGUAGAAUUUCUCAUCAUGAAAGGCCUUUGCCUCUGUCUAGAGCUUUUGGGCUAAAACUCCAGCAGGAACUAAACUGUUUCUUGGGGGUCAGGUUCCUUGAAGAUCUGUCAUCACUCCAGGUUUAAGAAAAUCAUGUGUAAUUACAGCCUUACUAAAUGCACAUGACCUUAGGGCCUGCCACCUGUGCUGAAUUUUCUGACUGGCCAGAAGCAGUACAGCAGGUCACAGCUUCUGCCCUGUUCUCUUUCCCUCUUUGACUACCACCAACAUAUCAAGAUAAGAGAAACCAGCCUGGAGAAGUUGGAGACUGAAUAGACUGUCCAGCCAUUUUUGGAGUCUUUCAGUUAUGUGCAGGCUUGGCUAUAGUGCACUAGAGAUUUACCUGGUACUCUAACAUCACCCAAAAUGUUUGGAUUUUGCCCUAAGGUUAUUAUCUUAGAAGGCAAAAAUUCUGUGGCCUAUUAAUUACUUCCUGGGAGAACAAGAGAUAGCUUUAUAGUUAAAUCCUUAAAUUGUCCUUUGAGACAGAUGAGCUGUGAUGAGAGUUUUGAAAAUCCAAUUCUGUGACUGGUGGCUCCUCUUCUUGAGUUAAUGACAGUAAGGUCCUUUUUGGCCUGUCUGCUUUUAGUUGGUGCCAGAUUGAUUCUGGUCUGGUUGACCAGACUACAUGUUGCCAACAUGUCAGGUGACUUUUAAUUGCUUCAUCUGGCUGUUGACUUUAUGAGUCAUUUGUAGGAUCCAGCGUGCACGUAGGUUUAAAACACCAUGCAUCUGCAAGUUUUCUGUAGUCCUUUUGUAUCAAGAAUCCAUGGAAAGUUCAGGUCAGUAGAUAUAGAUUCUUCACAGAAGGAACAGUAGAGUUUCAUAUUUGACUGCUUUGGAAUAGUGCCUAGGAUUUUGGGCCUGCUUUCGUUAUUAUGGUUUCAUCAGUGAGCAGACAUUUUUUGAGCAUCUGCUUUAUGCCAGGGCAUUAUGCCAAGUUUUGGGGAAACCACCCUGAGCAGGACAUAGUUCUUGCUCUCAAGGAAUGUGUAAUCCUUUAGCCAGACCCAUAGUGAGAGAAAGGAGAUGAAAGAUGAAAGCAGUCAGUGAUUUGUAAGUUAAGAGCUGCCUGCAGGUAUCACAGAUUAGGGUGCCCCACCCACCCAUGAGCUGAAGCAGUUUUUUAAUCUAAAAGGACUUUACAACUCAAACUACUAGCUCUGAGACCAGUGCCAGGCCGUUAGAAUUCAGGAAUAGUCUGGGUUCCUCCUUCCUCUACUUCGCAUAUUGUUUCUUCCCCAUAACUGUAUAAAAUAGACAUACCCCUUAUCUGCAGUUUCUCUUGCCUCAGUUUCAGUCAUCAGCGGUCAAGUGAGGUCCAGAAGCACAGGAUCCUUCUGACAUAUCGUCAGUAGGUCAGUAGUAGCUGAAUGCUACGUCACAGUGCUGCGUCUUUCCCCUCCACCUCCUCAGCAGGCAUUGGAUCACCUCACGCCAUCACGAGGGUGAGUGUGGUACCCUAAGAUACUUUGAGAGAGGACACCUUCACAUAACUUUUAUUACAGUUUAUUACCAUUUUUCCAUUUUAUUAUUGUUAAUCUCCUACUGUGCCUAAUGUAGAAGUUAAACUUUCUCAUAGGUCUGUACGUGUAGAAAAAAGCAUGUGUAGGGGUCGGUACUCUGUGGUUUCAGGAAUCCACUGGGGGUCUGGGAACAUAUCCCCUGUGAAUAAUUUCUCCUUAUGAACAGGGCUGUAGUUGAUUUUUCCUUCCUUGAGGGAAAAACAAUAAUAUUCACAAUAAGUGAGACAGUGGAUGUUAAACUACUCAGCACAAUGCCCUAGUCCAUGUGAGGCACUCCGCAAGUGUUGUUACUGUCACUGUUUCAUGGUGAGGCUGUAGGCAAACUAGAUUCUUAAUCUGUGCUCCUUAAAUGCUGGAGGCCCGGGCAAUAUGUGUAUUUCUUGAAAAAUGUGACCCUUUAUUUUGUUGUCCCAAGAAUGCUUAAAUAACAGUAGUCUUUUUUUUUUUUUUUAAAUACCUACUGGAUAUAAUUGUGGCCAUUAUGUGAUGCAGGUGAUUCCACCUGUUUUUAAAAAGGAACAAAAUUACUUCUAUUUUGAUGGUGAAUUUCAAAACAGAAGAAAUUAUUUUUAUCUUCCCUUCAGAAUGAGGAUUCAGAUUGGUGAUUCAGUUAAAACUUUCCCAGUUGCUCCUCUGCAGGCCAGACCUGCCUUCAUCCUUUUUCCACGUUGCCUGUGAGCCUGCAUUUAUCUCAGUUGUUGGUGCUUAUAGACUUCUGGCACCAUCACUGUCUUCUUGCUCUUACCUUAGGGUGCCACUUCCUCACGGAAUGAAAGAUAUUCAGUGGUGGGUUUUUUUAAGCUUUCUUUUUUGAAUUACUUUAAAAAAAAGAAAUCUACUGGUUAGAUUUAUUGUCUCAAAAAAUGUUUUUAGAGAUUAUUUUGUUCAUAAAUAUUUCUCAUGCUGAUCAACUGAUUUUUGUCUACAAAUGUUGGCCUAUCAUAGUAUUUUUUCAAUACAGAUCCUGUUUACCAAAUGACCAUUUUAGUGGUUUUAAAAGGUACUAAGGAUUGAGAUGUGUAAAUCAGGUGACAUAAACAUGAAAAUUAUGUGCCUAAAUAUUUUUGUAAAGGUGUCAAAUAAAUACUUUUUCCUGAA